AAAAAAAAAAAGGACAAUGGAAAGCAUACGAAAUAAAAUCAUCAGCUAAGAAGCUAGGUGGCGUCAAAGGUCUGGGCAAAAGGCGUUAGGGCCGCACCGUUACACUCAGAAGUAAAGAGAGGUAACUAGCCGAAACAUCGUUAAAUGUGUUAAUUCAAUACUUGGUGACCAGAAAUCCACACGGCAGGCUAAUUCGUCUGAACCCAGACUGAAGGGUUAGGGCUUGCAUUUACAGUCCAAGUUUCUGAAACUCGCUGGGUUUCAUGAAUCAACUGACUUUUUUAACACAGAUUUCCAGACGGCUCCCCUGUAGAUCCCGAUUCCGUGCGUCUGGGAAGAGGCCUGGCAAUCAGCAUGUCACGGGUUCGGUGCCGCCCAGUGCUACUCGGCAAAGAGAAACCCUUCCCCGCCUGGCAAAGGACCUGACGCUGGCGGGCAUCGGGAACUACGCGGUCAGCCCGGGACACCGGCUCUGGGAAGCGCCCCACGGGGUGGUAGGUAGGAACCCAAUCAAACAAGCCUGUGGUCACUCCUCUUCCCCGAACCUGGCCUCCUCAGCUCUUGCGGGGAGACACUCCUGAGGGUUCCCUAACAGCCUAAGACUAAGAGUAAACUAUUACCACACUACAGGAUUCGCUCUUGGCCACUAAACGCCGCGGGAACCCACCGCUGGCACCGCCCCCCACCGCCUUCCUCGCGUGCUUCUUCCCUUUCCCUGGGUGAACGGGAAGAGAAGACACGCGAGAUGCAGGCAUGGGGCAUGGCCCCACUCUGACCAAUGGAAAGUGAGGGCGUGGCUCAGAGCCUUUCUUUCAUUGGCCCAGGGUCCCAAGCCGCCCUGCUUGGGCGCGCAGGCGCGGAAGUCGCUCGGGCGCCUGAAAGCGCUGCCAGGUUUAAGUCCGCCUACUCGGCUGCCGCCAUCAUGGUGCGGAAGCUUAAGUUCCACGAGCAGAAACUGUUGAAGCAGGUGGACUUCCUAAACUGGGAGGUCACCGACCACAACCUGCACGAGCUGCGAGUCCUGCGGCGCUAUCGGCUGCAGCGGCGCGAGGACUACACGCGCUACAACCAGCUGAGCCGUGAGGUGCGCGAGCUGGCGCGGCGCCUGCGCGACCUGCCUGAGCGCGAUCCGUUCCGCGUGCGCGCCUCGGCCGCGCUGCUGGACAAGCUGUAUGCUCUCGGCCUGGUGCCCACGCGCGGCUCGCUGGAGCUCUGCAACUUCGUCACGGCCUCGUCCUUCUGCCGCCGCCGCCUGCCUACUGUGCUUCUCAAGCUGCGCAUGGCGCAGCACCUCCAGGCUGCCGUGGCCUUCGUGGAGCAAGGCCACGUGCGCGUGGGCCCUGACGUGGUGACUGACCCCGCCUUCCUUGUCACGCGCAGCAUGGAGGACUUUGUCACUUGGGUCGACUCCUCCAAGAUCAAGCGGCAUGUGCUGGAGUACAAUGAGGAGCGCGAUGAUUUCGAUCUGGAAGCCUAGCCGGUCUCCGUCUCUCCAUGGCUGCUGCUUACAGAUGGGAACACUGAGGCCUGAUGCUGGAGAUUCUGGGAGGGUCGUAGGUUUUUACUAACUUGGUUCUUCAACUGCAGGCUUUGCAACAGAGCCAAGAGAGGUGCGUCCCUAUUUCCCAGAAAAUGCUCUUGGAACUUGGACUACUGAUAAUUAAAUGACCGUACCUUGGGAAACACGGGGAAGUGUUUUUGUGCUCCCCUGGGUAAUUGUUAACUUCUUGUGCCCGAAACAUUGUAAUGUGAAAGCAAGAACUACUCCCCCGACCCCUACCUCCGUUUCCCUUUAUCGUCUUGUAGCAGGACUGGUUCAAUUUAUUUAACUCGAAUUCUUGCUUCUGGCCGUGUACAGAUAGAGAGUUUGGGCUCAAGUUUUCGUUAAAUGGAUGAGACUUCAGUGUUGAGGGCCUCCUCCCUCGUUUAAAGGAAUGCUUUCCUAAUGCCAAUAAAUGGCCCAACUGCUUGUAAGUGCAA